AUGCCUCCAUCGCUUCCCCGUCGACGCAAGAAACUUGACUUAGAAUGCAGUGUCUGUGGGAAACGAUACACAAAACGCGAACAUCUCCAGAGACAUGGACGAAUCCGUAUGUUCUACAGUCCAAAGGUGGAGAACUCCAUAGUAACAGAAAUUCCAGAUAGCGGUGAUAAACCCUUCACAUGCCCAGUAUGUGGUCGAUGCUUUGCUCGGCAGGAUGUACUGAAUCGACACUCUCGCGUUCAUCGGGGUGAUAUUCACCCCCAGCUCGGGUCUGGAGAUAUCCCAGAAGAUAUCUCAAUCUCGCCACUGUCUUUGGAACAACAGCCAGGCGAUCCUUCUUACAUCAAUCAGAGCCAUAAUCUUAUAUCACUUGAAGAUUGUUCCUCGCUACUCUGGCCCGACUCCGAGGGCCUAUUACAGAACAUAUUGGCAACCGACCCUGGUAUCUGGAAUCAGGCAACUUCUCUGAUGCCGCAGACCCUCAGUGUUCCGCCAACUCCUUUGCAGACAACUUCGGCUGUGCAAAGCAUCUCACCAUCAAAUUGUAGUAGUAUCGCAGAAGAUGGGGAGAGAGCGAUUCAGUCUUUAAGCGGGCUUAUCAACGAGACGUUUUGCAAUGUGACAGCUCCAUCAGCCUUGGCAGGACUCACUUCCCGCUUUCUGGAUAGUAGUCUGCAUAUGUUCUUCCGAUUCAUAGUCCCGAUGUUUCCCGUUAUCCAUCAACCAACAUUUAUCUUCCGAGAUUGCCCUCCGCCUCUUUUGCUGAAUGCCAUUGCACUAGGUGCUUUGUUUCUAGGUACUACCGAUGCGAAAUCGAAGGCGGAUGCUCUCUGGCAGCUCGCUCACACUGCCGUCGCAACCUCAUGGCACACAAUGAUUCAACAAAAAAGACCAUAUGAUUCAUGCAAUGGAGUAUGCCUUAUCCAGACAAUGCUUCUGAGUCAAAUAUAUGCUGCAUUGUCAAACAAUCGGACUCUGCGAACCACUAGCCAAGUCUUUCAUGGGUUGGCGCUCUUCUGGGCUAGUCACUGCGGCAUGUACGAAGGGCUAGGUCAACCUUCAUUGCCUCCUAUAGACGCAAAUUCUGAAGUAAUGCAGCGUGCUUGGCAUAUUUGGAUUGCUCGGGAGACCAGACUCCGCACCUUGCUAGGGCUUUACAUCGUGGAUGGCGUGGUGUCUCAGUUCAGCGGCAAUCCGACGUUUGCUCGACACAUGGCCAACCCCCUCACUCUACCGAGCGACGAGUCGGUUUUCAACGCGCUUAACGCCCAAGAGUGGAUAAAGGCGAGUCUUAAACGCCGUUUAUUACAUUCGGACAAUUUUCGAUUUUGCGACGUGUUCCACGCACUUUUUUCAAAAGAUGAUACGACUACUACGAGCGCCAGGCCCCAGUACGAUACUUUUUUGUUCUAUCAUAAGAUUAUUCUCGAGGGUAUACGGUCUCUUGUUGCAGACGCAAAUCGAACAAAACCAGUACCUGUAGGCGUGCCGUCAAAGCAAGAAAUUGGCAAUGCUCUCAUAAGGCUACGAGAACAGAUCAUUCAGAAUCAACUUCUCUCCUCAUCAGACCAAGUAGUCGCAAUGCUGCAGUGGCACACAAUAUGUCUUGAUUUGGUUGUAAGUACCGCACGAGGUACCCGCCGAAUGUGUUCGUUGCAUGGGAUCCCACAGCGAAUCUUCGGAGGCGACAGUCGCGAUGAGCAGGAUAUAGAUCCCCGCCGCUGGGCGCAAAGCAAGAAUGCGCGUAUUGCUUUGCUUCAUGCCUCUCAAAUCCAAGAGCUUACUGCCAGUCUCCCGCUCGGUAUGGCCUUUGAUAUCAAUGUUCCUGGUGCUGUAUUUGCUGCAGCAACUACAUACAGUGCCUUUGCUUUGGCAGGAGCUGGGAAGGUGGUUCUGCCUCCUGUGAUAGACUGGGUGGCCGCCGUUCAGGCUGCUACAAUGGAUGAUAAAGCAGGAGAUCCAGGGUCGCAUAGCACCUCCCACGAGACCCUAUCGUUCGUGAAUGAUGGAACUUUUGUCAAAGGUCUGUUGCGCGAUCUUUCAUAUGAGUUGACAUCUAUUCGAAGCUUGUUGAGGUCUCUCUCAUUACAGUGGACUGUUGCUCAGGAGAUGGAGCAGGUCGUUGGGGAUUGGAUCGAGCGCAUGCAAUGA